UCUGGGAAGAUCUCAGCAGUUAGAAGAACAUUUUUACUACUGACAGUCUUUGAUGUAGGACUAACUUUUAUAUUGUGGGUCAUCUACACUCAGGUUCGAUCUGGAAGUGGAUGGGAUACAUUUAAAUUACAAGUUAAAAAUUAUUCAUUUGAAACUUCUCUUUUUGAUACUGUGAUGUUGUCUUUUGUACGUUUUACCCUGCUCAAUUUAGCCUAUGCCUUAUUCCGUCUUAGACAUUGGUGGCCAGUUGCCUUUACAACUCUGGGUACUUGUGUAUUUUUAAUUGUGAAAAUUUUUGAAUUUAAAGUAAAAAGUGCUAAAAAUCCUUUAAGUUAUUGUUUAGUUAUUGUAUCAUUUGUAUUAGCCUGGGUUGAAACCUGGUUUAUGGAUUUCAAGGUCAUCCCUCAUGAAAAGAAAGAAAUAGAAAGACAUAGACUGUAUGCAGGUGUUAUAUCACAUACUGAUGAAAGAACACCAUUAUUAAAUAAUCAGCAAGGUUUUGGUUCUCAGACACCUGGUGAUGAAUAUUAUUCACCGCUUGAGAGUGAGGAAGGUUCUGACAGCGAAGAACAACAUCAUCAUCACAGAGAUAGAUUUUAUAGUGAUCCUAAUUCUAGGUCUAUCAGUAGACCAAGUAGUUCAACUAGUAGUCUAGGCAAGGUGAUAAUAGAAUAUAAUGCUAAAGAUUUAUGGUAUGAAUUGGUCCAUAGAGCACCUUCAGCACCAGAUUGGAAUCCUACUAUAUUAGAAAAUAGGAUAUUAUGUAUAGUAGAUGAUAAUACUGAUGUAUGUUAUAGUGUAGCAGCAGAAGGUGGGGGAGGGUUGAUUUCUAGUAGAGAUUUUGUUACUGUCAGACAUUAUGGUACUAGAGAAGGUAUCUGGCUAUCUUCUGGUAUAGCUGCUACUCAUCCUGAUAUGCCUCCGCAGAAAAAAUAUAUCAGGGGAGAGAAUGCGCCUGGAGGUUGGGUAUUUAAAUCAUCAAGUCAAAAUAAUUGUAUAUUUUCUUGGUAUGUUAAUACAGAUUUAAAGGGAUGGUUACCUCAAAAACUUGUUGAUCAAGCUUUAGCCAGUGUGUUAUUAGAAUAUGUGGUUCAUCUUAAAAAACAUGUUGUCAAAUUAAAACAAAGCACACAUUAA